GCGCCGACGUCGAGGCGAAGGACACCGACUAUGGUCACACGCCGCUAUGGGUGGCCGCGGAGUGGGGACACGAGGCUGUCGUCAAGCUGCUGCUCGAGGCUGGCGCCGACGUCGAGGCGAACACGAGGCUGUCGUCAAGCUGCUGCUCGAGGCUGGCGCCGACGUCGAGGCGAAGGCCAGCUCUGGUCGCACGCUGUUAUGGGUGGCCGCAAAGAGGGGGUCCAAGGGCGUCGUCAAGCUGCUGCUCGAGGCUGGCGCCGACGUUGAGGCGAAGGACACCGACUAUGGUCACACGCCGCUAUGGGUGGCCGCGGAGAGGGGACACGAGGCUGUCGUCAAGCUGCUGCUCGAGGCCGGCGCCGACGUCAAGGCGAAUGAUGACGGUUGGACGCCGCUUUUGUGGGCUGCUGUGCACGGGCACGAGGCUGUCGUCAAGCUGCUGCUCGAGGCUGGCGCCGACGUCGAGGCGAAGGCCAACUCUGGUCACACGCCGCCAUGGCUCGCCAACUCUGGUCGCAUGCCGCUAUGGAUGGCCGCCGACAGCGGGCACGAGGCUGUCGUCAGGCUGCUGCUCGAGGCUGGCGCCGACGUUAAGUUAAAGGACACCGACUAUGGUGGGACGCCGCUAUGGCUGGCCGCAAAGAGGGGGUCCAAGGGCGUCGUCAAGCUGCUGCUCGAGGCCGGCGCCGACGUCGAGGCGAAGGCCAGGUCUGGUCGCACGCCGCUAUGGGUGGCCGCCGACAGCGGGCACGAGGCCGUCGUC